AUGACGCAGCGCUAUGUUUCUCUCUCACACAGGCGCGAUUCUGCAAUAAGACGCGAAAUAGGCCAGCCGCUGACGGCGCUGGAUCUUGCCAAGACGUACCACAACGAGGCUGGAAAUCAGCUAGGCUGCCAACACUACAGACGCAACUGUAAGUUGGAGUGCUCGACGUGUCAUACGAUUUGGCCGUGUCGGUUCUGCCACGAUGAGCAGGCAGAUCAUACGCUCGUGCGAACGGAAACCAAGACUAUGUUAUGCAUGCUCUGUUCCACACUGCAAGAUGCGGCGCAAUACUGUAAAAAUUGCUCACAAUGCAUGGCGCUAUACUACUGCGACAAGUGCAAGCUGUGGGAUGACGACCCUGAGAAGCCCAUCUACCACUGCGCCAAGUGCAAGAUCUGCCGAGUCGGACGCGGCAUUGGCAAAGACUUCUUUCACUGCGACAAGUGCAACGUGUGCAUGGCAAUCAACCGUCAAGACUCGCAUCGCUGUAUUGAGCACUCCACCGAGUGCGAUUGUCCAAUCUGUGGCGAGUACAUGUUCUCGAGCACACAGACCGUGGUUUUCAUGAACUGUGGCCACAGUAUCCAUCAGGCCUGCUAUCAUAAGCACAUCAAGACCAAUUACCGGUGUCCCACCUGCUCGAAAAGUUUGCGCAACAUGGACUCUAGCUUCCGGAUGCUCGACCACCAGAUUGCUCAACAGAGAAUGCCUUCGCCGUACUGCCUAUGGAAGGCGAAGAUUCUGUGUAAUGACUGUCAAUCGCGAUCGACUGUUCCCUAUCACUUCCUUGGCCACAAGUGUGAUAAUUGCCUGAGUUACAAUGUUGCUAUUGACAAGGUUAUCAAGGAGGAAGGUGCUGAGGCUGAAGCGACGCCAGCAACAGCGGUGGAAGAGGAACCUGUUGUGCUGGAAUAG